AUGAUCGUUUGCGUCUCCGUCGUCGGCCACCAGAACAAUCCGCUUUACAUACAGAGCUUCACGGAUGCCGACGAUGCCCUCAAGCUCCACCACAUCGUCCAUUGCUCCCUCGACGUCAUCGAAGAGCGAGUGAACAAUCCGAAAAAGUCUGGUACAACAUUGAACGAAGCAUUUCUUGGCUUGCUCUAUCCGACAGUGAACUACAAAGUGUAUGGUUACUUGACCAAUACCAAAGUGAAAUUUAUUUUGGUCACAACUGAUUUGGAUGUCAGAGACACCGACGUGAGAAGUUUCUUCAGGAAGUUCCAUGCUGCCUACGUGGAUGCAGUCUCUAACCCUUUCCAUGUCCCUGGGAAAAAGAUAACCUCAAGAACCUUUGCACAAACUGUAAGCAACAUCGUCGGAUCAUACGGUCUAAACUGA